ACUCAUUGUUGAAUUCCCCACUCACUCGCUGUCUCGCCCGGUCCAUCUCUGGCGGCGGGUACUGAUGGCUCUGAGAUCGGCAGCGGCUGCCGCGCCUCGCGGCCCGAGGCGACUCUUCUCCACCUCAAGUUUCGGAUUUCCGCCAACCCCGGCCGCGGCUAAGCCGCGAGAGGAGGCAGAGCCCAGCACCAACCUCUUCGUCUCUGGGCUGAGUAAACUCACCACCACAGAGAACCUACGGGCAGCUUUCUCCCAGUUUGGCGAAGUUAUUCACGCUAGGGUUGUGACCGAUCGCGUGACGGGAUACUCAAAGGGAUUUGGUUUUGUGAGAUAUGCUUCGCUUGAAGAUGCUGCAAAGGGCAUAGACGGUAUGCAUGGGAAGUUUCUAGAUGGUUGGGUUAUAUUCGCGGAAUAUGCAAGACCAAGAUCUCAACCUCCUCCUCAGCAGAACGGGUUCCCGACAUACGGUAGUCGGUAGCUACUCAAUUCUUUAUGCGGAUGACCAAUUGGGUCUGUAACAGUGUAGCUUGUAAUCUCAUCUUCCGGGGAAAGUAAUGUUUUGAAAUGUUGGAGAUUACCUUAGUAUGUAUAAGAGUGAGUGCGUGUAUGAGGAAAUUUAGCAUUUGAUUAAUGUUAACAGAAACAGAGUUGCGAGGCCAUUUCUUUGCUGUGUC